AUGGCAUCGCCCGCUAUCCAUCCGAGUAAGCCCUCGGGUUGGGUGGAUCCUCGACAGUCAGGAGACUAUCCCAUCAUCCUGGGGGACAGCUUGAAGGCCGAUGCGAAGGCACAGGACAUGUUUCUGAACAUUCGAUAUAAUUGGCAACCUAAAUCUGGCUUCGACAACAUAAGUCGUGAGGGUCGACUGACAAAGGCCGGUGGUGGUGACGACCGAUACCACCUCGACAUAUUAUCUGAUGGAGGUGAUUCUUCCGCCAAAUACCACUAUGUCGGCAACAAGUCCGCGUCGCAUGCGGGAGAACCAUCAGAAGGGCCACCUGAAGACCAGCAGCCGACAAGAUCCCUAGCGCUCGUCUUCGACCAGUCCAAGUCGGCCUUUGUGCUAGAAGCCAUCUCGGCAUCUCUGGACAUGAACCUGAAAGCCGCACCGGGCAUAAUGUCGUCCAAGGACGCCCGGGAGCUGCCACAACUCCCACCACCGGGCCAUGGCCACCAGUCGUCUACAAAACAGCCAGCAGCGGCAGCAGCAGCAGCAAACGGAGGACACGCAGCAGCUCCAUCUUCAUCGGACGAUGAGACACCCCCGGAUCCUUCCAACCCCUACGACUUUCGACAUUUUUUGGCAGAGGCGCGCGAAAAUCUCGAAAAGUCAACAACCGCCGCACCGGGCAAUCGGACGCCCGUUCCAGGCGGUAAUCGGACUCCUAUCAUGAGUGGAACAUCUACGCCUGUUCCCCCAGGGAAUAGAUUCUUACCUACAACGCCACAGUCCCGACCAACCUCAGUAGUGCCAGCCGGAGCCUCUAAAGCAUCAUCAUCAUCAUCUCAACAGCGCAAGAAAAAGGCGGCCGAAGACCUACCUCGAGGAGGGCCCGGGCCAGGUCGCGACCGUGGUGCACCGGCUACUACCACCAAGACCUCCUCCGGUACCAAACGAGACGGACCCAAAUCAAGCCAUACCCACCAACCGCUCAGCAAAGCGCGCAUUUCCGACUCUGACGAUGAAGACGACACCGUCGAAGCGCCGGUCACUAGAGGGGUCGUACCUCCUCCUCCUCCUCCAUCUAACAAGCCACCAAACACCACCACCACCACUGCAUCCAAACCAAACCAAGCAAAGAAGGACAAGGCCGGAAAAGGCCACACGCGCAACGUCUCGGACAACAUCGGCAGCUCCCCGCACAUCAUCAUCAACGACGACGACGGCGACCUGGAAAUCGACAUGGGCUCCCCGCCACCGGACACCGCCCGGUUUAGGAGAGGCAGAGUGGAUCCCGAGAUGUUUAGGAGUCACACCGCGACACCGAUUGGCGGGCUGAGUUCCAACACCACUGCGCGGUCCGCUUCGAGACCCGUUUCUAAGCCGCCGGUCGAGGAAUCACCCGCUAGAGGUCGUACUGGGAGGGAUAGAGAUAGAGACAGGGAUGUCACGAUGAAAGAUAUCGAAGCCGCCUCAUCUCCAGACGCAGACGAGGAUGAAGACGUCGAGGAAUUCGAGCUGGGCUCUCCGCGGGAGAAAAGCAUGCCUGUCCCGCUUCCGAACAGGGGCGGCGCCAUCCGUGAUGAUGACGAUGACGACGACGCCAUGUCCGAAGACGAUGGCCGACAAAGUCGCCAACCACGAGAACAAACACAGAUUCAUGACCACCACCACCACCACAUCCAACCCCCGCCCACACCGCCCGCUCCGGAACCAAUCGCCCACAACGACGACGACGACGAAGACCUCCUGGAAGCGGCGCUCGAGGCGGCGCUGGAGGAAGAGGACGAGAAUGAAGACACCGCGAACAACAGAGGAGGCAUUGGGUUGGGCAUCGGUAUGGCGACGGGACCGGCAACGGCAGCGGCAGCGGCAGCGAAUGGAGAUGAUGAGAGCGAGGUUAGUGAGGAAGAAUGA